CAAAGCCAGCCUUCCUGUAGGGUUUUGAAUGUCUUUUGUGUAUUUUGUUCUCUUUCUUGGGACUUUAGGGUUUUUUGAAAGAUGACUGAUUAUUGUAUACUGUUUUCAACACAAAGCUUGUUUCCUUCCUAGUCUUUAGGGUUAAGGUAGAGAGGGCUGGGGAUGGAGAGAAGGUGAAAUAUAAACUGUUAAAAGUUUGCUUUAUGCUAGCAACAUACUGUUAAAAAUUUUAACUCUUUAAAAGGUAAUUCUUUUUUAUUUCUGUUGAUUUCUUUAAAGGAUGAACUUUUAGGACCCAAGUAGAAUUUAAAUGUGUCAAGUUUUUUUUGUUUGUUUCGUUUCACAUUGAUAUGUAUUUUAAAAGCACCAUCUACAGUAUUUGUGUUGUAUUCCAACUUUGGAUUUGGAUUUUCAUGUAGAGGAGAACAGAAAGUUACAGUGAGUUUAUAUUUUGGGAGCGAUUGUCCCAAACACUGCAGAAUUUUUCUAUUCAGUUUGGUGGACUGGAGGGGCAGGCACCCAUGUCACAGAGCACAGACUGGUUCUUUGUCUGAUUUCCCAUUUCCUGUACAGCUCGGAGAGAGUUCUGACAUUGAAGGAUGUUCCCUCCAAACUCCCGUCCCUUAUGGAAGUGAUUGCACAAUACCACAACAAGAAAGCUAAAUUAAAAAAAAAAAAAUUCUUACUACUCAUUACCGCUUAAUAAACCAUGAGGUGUUUCCCUACUGCCCUGUAGUAUUUCCAGCUGUCUUGGUUGGUAGUAAGAAGAGAAAAAGUGAUUUCUUAAUCUGUUGGAACAUUAUCUACGUGCGAUUUGAAAAAGUGGUAAUGGCUUGGGUUUGAGUGGCUGGAGCUCCCCGGGAAUUCAGCUUGGCAGGGGGAGUGUUUUUUGUUGUAACCACAUACAGAUCGAAGAGAUCGCAGCCUUUCUGAUUCAACAGGAGCAGUUUCCAUGUUUUCUCCUAUAGUGAACUGAAUGUUUCUCUUGAAAAAGAAAACAUUGAAGAAACUUGGGAGGAGGGUGAAGCUGCUCUCAGGGGAGAACCCAGGAUGCAGACCAUCCCUGUGGCAUCUGCCCUCACCAGUCACCGCACAGGCCCCCCACCCAUCAGCCCCAGCAAGAGGAAGUUCAGCAUGGAACAAGGGGAUGACGACCUGGACUGUGAAAAUGACCAUGCUUCCAAGAUAAGUCGCAUCUUCAACCCUCAUCUGAACAAGACAGCCAAUGGGGACUGCCGGAAAGACCCCCGGGAGCGGAGCCGCAGCCCUAUUGAGCGGGCCGUGGCCCCCACCAUGAGCCUGCAUGGCAACCACCUGUACACAUCCCUCCCGAGCCUCAGCAUGGAGCAGCCCCUUGCACUGACCAAGAACAGCAUGGACGCUAGCAGGCCAUCAGGCAUCUCACCCACACUGACACCGGUGGAGCGGCAGCAGAACCGGCCUUCGGUGAUCACCUGCGCCUCCGCCAGCGCCCGCAACUGCAACCUCUCCCACUGCCCUAUUGCGCACAGUGGCUGCGUGGCGGGGCCGGCCAGCUACCGGAGGGCCCCCAGCUCCACCACCACCUGUGACCCUGUGGUGGAGGAGCAUUUCCGCAGGAGCUUGGGCAAGAACUACAAGGAGCCUGAGCCGGCGCCCAACUCAGUGUCCAUCACGGGCUCCGUGGACGACCACUUUGCCAAAGCCCUGGGAGAUACAUGGCUUCAGAUCAAGGCGGCCAAGGACGGCGCAUCCAGCAGCCCCGAGUCUGCCUCACGCAGGGGCCAGCCCGCCAGCCCCUCUGCCCACAUGGUCAGCCACAGUCACUCCCCCUCAGUGGUCUCCUGAAGGGAGCACCGCCCUCGAACAAGACGUCGAUCUGCAUGGUUUGCCUGAGCUUUGAACAGUCAGUGCUUAAAAAAAAAAACACAAAAAAACAAAAAAAGAAAAACAGAAAAACAAAAAAA